CCGCCCCGUUAGCACACUGCCUGUCUGUCUGUCUUUCCUGACUCUCCUUCGCCUUUUCCUCGCUGUUUUUUUGGCAAGCCACAUCCCUCGGCUAACAUGUCUACUCGGAUAUCUACCUCCUCGAGGAGAAUUUCUUCCUUUGUCAGUGGGGACGGAGGUGCCAAAAUGGGCAGCGUUGGAGGAGGCAGUCUGUACGGCUUUGGCGGGGGGUCCAUGGUCGGGCUGGGCAGUGGCUAUGGAGGGGCUGCAUGCAGUGGGUUUGGUGGACCUAGCUUUGCAAGCGGAGUUGGCUUCGGCGGGGGGUCUGGCUUUGGUGGCGGGGCUGGCUUUGGCGGCGGGGCUGGCUUUGGCAGUGCCUCCAUGGCAGGCGGUGGCUACGGAGCCAGCUACCGCUCCAGCUCGGCGGUGGCCUUGGGUGGUGGCUAUGGAGGGGGCGACAGCAUCUUCCUGGCUGGGGCUGAAAAGGAGACCAUGCAGAACCUCAACAGCCGCCUGGCAAACUACCUGGAGAAGGUGCGCUCUCUGGAGGAGGCGAAUGCCGAGCUUGAGCUUAAGAUCCGCCACUGGUAUGAGAAGAAUGGGCCCGGGGCUCCGGGAGUGACCCGCGAUUACAGCAAAUACCACCAGGUCAUUGAGGAUCUUCGCAACCAGAUCGUCAAUGUGACCAUUGACAAUGCCAAUGUAGUCUUACAGAUUGACAAUGCCAGGCUGGCUGCUGAUGACUUCAGACUGAAGUUUGAGAACGAGCUCUUCCUCCGCCAGAGUGUUGAAGGAGACAUCAAUGGUCUGCGCAGAGUGCUUGAUGACUUGACCAUGAACAGGUCUGACCUGGAGGCGCAGCUUGAAAGCCUCACAGAGGAACUAGCAUACCUUAAGAAGAACCACGAGGAGGAAAUUAACUUGCUGAGAAGUAGCUCUACGGGUGACGUCACAGUGGAAAUGAACGCGGCUCCAGGAAUAGACUUGACUAAGCUGCUGAACGAAAUGAGGGCGCAAUAUGAAGACCUCGCAGACCAAAAUCGCAGAGAGGCGGAAGAACAGUUUCACAAAAUGAGCCAACCACUGCAGCAACAGAUCUAUGAUGACGCCGGCGCAGUAAACUCCGCCAGGAACGAGUUAAUUGAGCUCAAACGCUCAUUCCAGUCGUUGGAGAUAGAGCUACAAUCCCUUCUGGCUAAGAAAGCUUCCCUGGAAGGCACCUUGCAUGAAACCGAAGUCAACUACAGCACUCAGCUCUCACAGCUGCAGCACCAAGUGAGCAGCAUCGAGGAACAGCUGCAGCAGAUCAGGUCUGAGACAGAGCUGCAAAAUUCAGAGUACCAACAACUGCUGGGUAUCAAGACCCGACUGGAAAUGGAAAUUGAAACAUACAGGCGCCUGCUUGAUGGCGAGAGUUUCCGCUCUUACGAACCGAAAGUUCAAAUCAGAGAGCCCCUCAAAACAAGGGUGGUGAAGACCAUCGUUGAAGAAGUGGUGGAUGGCAAAGUGGUCUCUUCUCAAGUGAAAUCAGUUGAAGAAAGGGCAACGAAGUGAACAGCAUGAAAAGCAGAGCGGGGGGCCUUUCAACUCAGGGGAGCAAGGGAAUGGCCAAAUAGAAGAAAACCUCCUGGAACCAGAGUCAAUUGUAGCUUAGUAGCUUCUUGCAAAUAUGGGCUCUAGAGGGGGGAAAGCCCACUCAAUAUGCUUUCUUAAAACUUUACGGAGGUGUAUGCUUUUAGAAAUAUUGAGAACUACAUUCUGUUUACUGCCGCAAUGCAAUAAACUUUCUUACUGUUGCAAGUAA